AUGUCUUCAGAAACUUCACGCCAUUUGUCCUCUCGGGAAGAGUUUGAGUCAAGGACACUCGCUCCUCUCAAACUCCCCAACCUCAGACUCAACGAAUUGAGCUUCCCAUCGCCACCGUCGACCCCUAACUCGAUCCAGUUGAGCCCAAGUUGUAGCUUCCAGUCGGUAUCAUGGAGCAGAAGGCCAUCAGUCGACUCGGACUACUUCUCCGGAGCCCUUUCCAACCUCUCCAUCACUUCAUCAGUGUCCUCUGCUGGAUCAGACUUGAAGAGAAAGGCAAGCAGCACCUACUUGGACACUCGUCCAGGGCCAAGCAUGCGCAGUUUGCUCGAACCACAGCAGCAGCAGGUCUCUCUCCCGCCCAUUUCUCACAUUCUCAAUGCCGUACCCUCACCCUUUGAGCAUCAGCUCAGCCAGCAUCGGCCCCAGGCAUCCCCGGAUUAUACUUCACGCUUCGCACCUUUCCAGCAAGGCAUCUUCACCCCGCUGCCAUCUCCGACUUGCAGCAUUUCAUCAUCAUCAUUCCCAAGCCAAGCACAGCGCCAACAAUCCUCUUCCCUACCACGGUCCUACUCCGUACCAGACGUGUGCUACAAGAACUUCUCUGCUACGCUGUCGGCCACCACUCCUCAGAAAAAGAGACAAGCAUCGGCGGCUUUUGAAAAUGCUUCGGCCCGCUUCCUGUCGUCCUGCAACAUCAGCAACAAACUUCAAAUUCGCCCAAGCAGGACUCAUCGCACGACAAGCAGACACUCACCAUACAAAAGCGCCGCCGCUCUGCACCGCAACAGCGACCGCAAGUCAUCCACCUGCUCGUCUGGUUCUUCUUCUUCUUCUUCUUCUUCUUCAUCGUCAUGCUCGCCUGGCUUUGCCACAGACGACGAAACAUCCGAGGUUCCCGACGAGGACGAAAACCUCCCCUCCACCUCCUCCAACGCCAGCAGCAGCAACAGUAGUAGUAGUAGAGGCAAAAAGCAAAACAUCCAGUACACGACCGAGCAAAAUCUCUUCAUCAUCUACCACAAAGACGACCUCGAGCUUCCCUGGGCCGAGAUCGAGAAGCGGUACAACGCGCGCUUCCCCGGUCUUUACCGGACUGCGGGUGGGUUGAACUGCAACUACUACCGACUCAACGCCAAGCUGCCGCGAACCGAAGACGGAGACAAGUUCUCGCUCAUCUUUGACGAGCGGCCCCGGUACGACCCGGAGAACCCGGGCAAGAUGUUGCCGUUGACGUGGGACGAGUACGAAGGUGUGAGGUUCCAGACUGUUCAUGUCCAGGUUAGGCAGGCGGCCAAAGUGUUGGGACACCCGAUUGGACUUAUGUGGAGGUGUCCGGAGGAGUUGAUCAAGAGUGAGAAUGAGUGGGUGUUGGAGGAGCAUAGGGAUAAGGCUAGGGAGCUGGCUGCGAGAAGAUCCUACCAGAGAGAAGCGUGGAAGAGGAGUCAGCAACAACAACAACAUCAGCAACAGCAACAGCAACAACAACAAGAUCAACAACACAACCAGCAACAUCAAUCUCUCAUCUUUAAUUCUGAACAAUUCCGAUGA